UAUUAACCGAAAACUAUUGUAAUCUAGCACUUAUUUUGUUCUUGAAUUAUAUUUUUUUAUUAAAUAUACUGUACUACUAACAAAAUUAUUUAGCAAUCUCAUUUCUUUCUUUUUACCGUCAUUAAUCGAGCUCAUUUGUAUCUUUUCAGAGUAUAAUUUAAUUUUCAAGCUCAAAAGUCUCAUUUAUAGAAAUAAAAUAUAAGUCAAUUAAAUACACCAUGCUCAAAUAUCUCUUUUUUUCGAGCUUAUUUAUUAUUUUUCCUUUUUAAAAUAUGAUUCGUCAUCGUCAACAGCAAUAAAUGUAAAAUGAAAAAUCGUGACAAGAAAGCGACGAAUGUAAAUAUUCAUUAAAAAUUUAUUUUUUAGAUUUUUUAGAUUUUGUGAACGAUAUAUAUUUAAUUAUGGCUGAUAAAUUAAAAGAUUUAAAAAUCAAAACAGGCGUAGCUAAACGAUGUUGGAAAGAAUAUUUGUCGUAUAAAAAAGAAUGUGUAAAUGAACAGACAAAAGUUGAAAAAAUGAAAACAGAUGGAAGAGAUGAAUAUGAUAUUAAAAAACAGGAAGAAGUAUUAAAAGAAACUGAAAGUAUGAUAUCACAUACAAAAAGUGGAUUUAUUAAAUCAUGGAAAGAAUUUCAAGACAUAUACACAUCGGCAAAAAAUGACGAAAAUAUUAAACAAUCAAACGAAUAUCAAGAAGCUGAAAAAGUUUUUAACGAAAUCACAAAAGCUCAACAAGAUGAUAAAUAA